CCAGCACGAAAGUGCUCUGAGGCCGAGCCUGGAGGGACCCAGCCUGGCCUGGGAGCCAGGAUGGCCACCCACAAAGCCUUGCUGAUGUGCCUAGGAUUGCCUGUGUUCUUCCCUGGGGCCUGGGCCCAGAACCAUGCCCCCCCUGGCUGCGGCCCGGACCUGGACCCUCUCUACUACAACCUUUGUGACCGCUCUGGGGCCUGGGGCAUCGUCUUGGAGGCGGUGGCCGGUGCUGGCGUCAUCACCACGUUUGUGCUCACGAUCAUCCUGGUGGCCAGCCUUCCGUUUGUGCAGGACACGAAGAAGCGGAGCAUCCUGGGGACCCAGGUGUUCUUUCUGCUGGGCACCCUGGGCCUCUUUUGCCUUGUGUUUGCCUGCGUGGUAAAGCCUGAUUUCUCCACCUGCGCCUCUCGACGCUUCCUCUUUGGGGUUCUGUUUGCCAUCUGCUUCUCCUGCCUGGUCGCCCAUGUCUUUGCCCUUAACUUCCUAGCCCGGAAGAACCAUGGACCCCGGGGCUGGGUGAUCUUCACUGUCGCCCUGCUUCUCACCCUCGUGGAGGUCAUCAUCAACACCGAGUGGCUGAUCAUCACCCUGGUACGGGGAGGUGGCCAGGUUGGCCCUCUGGGCAAUGGCAGUGCCGACUGGACCGUGACCUCGCCCUGUGCCAUCGCCAAUAUGGACUUCGUCAUGGCUCUCAUCUAUGUCAUGCUGCUGCUGCUGGCGGCCUUCCUAGGAGCCUGGCCGGCCUUGUGCGGCCGCUUUAAGCGCUGGCGGAAGCAUGGAGUCUUUGCGCUUCUCACCACAGCCCUCUCCAUUGCCAUCUGGGUCGUGUGGAUCGUCAUGUAUACCUACGGCAAUAAACAGCGCCACAGCCCCACCUGGGAUGACCCCACGCUGGCCAUCGCCCUUGCUGCCAAUGCCUGGACUUUCAUCCUCUUCUAUGUCAUCCCUGAGGUCUCCCAGGUGACCAAACCCAGCCCUGAGCAGAGCUACCAGGGGGACAUGUACCCUACCCGAGGCGUGGGCUACGAGACCAUCCUGAAAGAGCAGACAGGCCAGAGCAUGUUUGUGGAGAACAAGGCGUUUUCCAUGGAUGAGCCAACCUCAGCAAAGAGACCCGUGUCGCCUUACAGUGGCUACAAUGGGCAGCUGCUGACCAGUGUGUACCAGCCCACCGAGAUGGCCCUAAUGCACAAAGGCCCGACCGAAGGCGCUUAUGACGUCAUCCUCCCACGGGCCACCGCCAACAGCCAGGUGAUGGGCAGUGCCAACUCAACCCUGCGAGCUGAAGACAUGUACAUAGUCCAGAGCCACCAGGUGGCCACGCCACCAAAAGACGGCAAGAUCUCUCAGGAUCAGUCCCCGAAAAACAAAACGAGAUGGUAGAUGCCCUCUUCCCUGGACCACACCUCAUCCGGACACCCUCAUUGCUCUGCAUCCAGCUGAGCAGGGCCCAGCAGUUUCCCCACCUUUGUCCUUGGAGCUGGGAGGGACCAGAGGCCAGCAAUCUGAAGCUUUGGACUGAGUGGGGACCUUGGGAUAGGCCUGAAGCAUGUGACUGGUGCUCAUAGGGUCACCCACCCUCUUGCCCAUUCCCAGCCUCCUGGUCCCCAAGUGACUGCAGCUACAGGGAGCUGUUAACUCAUGUCUCCUGCCUUAACACAUCCCCUAAGUCACAGAGUCUGUGCCCCCAUGUGGUUCUCCAGGUGGUUGUUGUCCUGCUGUGAACGUCAGGUGCACAAUGCCACUGUUUUGACACUGGACCCUUUUGGCCAUGUUGGUAACCCAUCAGAUGUCACACAAUGGAUAUCAUAUGCAAACCACACAGACUCUUGCCCUACUCUGGACCUUCCACCAUCUUCUAGACUGGAAGAGGUUGCCAGCAAGGGGCAGAGCCCAGGUUGGGCAGGCUGUUUUUCAUGACCUGAGGAUUUCAGGUCCCAGCACCUUUGUGCCUGGCCUGAGUCUACCUUACCUUCAGUGAGCUGUGUCCCCUUACCAGGGCAGGAUCGCUCAUUCUCCCUCCCCACUGCCCAUCCCCACUGGGAAUGGGAAUCACAACACUUACCCCAAUGGGGGAAGAUUUCUCGUUGUCCAGCACUGCCGCACAGAGAACCCCACUUAAGAAUCGAAGAGCUGGUGGGCCACAAUGGUGCUUAGAGUGUUGCGCUAUGGAUGUACCUCAGUUAAACCCCUGGCCGCAUCUCCCCGGUCUGCUUUCGGCUUCUAUGCCAGCUCCCAGGAUGGCUCCUAGGACAGGUGCUGAGGUGGGAUUAUCUAGAUCUCUUAGGUUCUAGAGGUACCUUCUGGGGCUACUUGGACAUAUGUGGUUAGGGUCUGGGAAUUCCUUAGGAGACAGUGGGUGGGAGCCAUGGCUGCAUUCUCAGGGUGACUCGAACCUUUCCUCGGUCGGGCUGGUGGGAUGUGGGAUUCAGGGCUGGAGAUUACUCAUGGGAAGAUGUUUCUACCUCAGCUUGGGCAGCAGGUGUCCUUGGUACACCUGGACAAGCCCUACUGCUUUCAUCACUAGAGGAGCCUCUAGUGGCCUUGGCCUUAGGAUGUGCACCUGAGGGACCUGAUGGCUACCCAGGUCACAGAGGGCCACUUUCAGGCCUGCGAGCUGCCGACACCAAUGACUGAGAUGAUCAUAGUACCGGACCCUGGAACUGAGGUCUCCACAGCCCUGGGUACCAGAGAGAGCCUCCUCCAGGCCCUCUCCAAGUGUGCCCUGGAGCCCUUUAGCUCAGCACUACUUAGUGCCAAGGUAGACAGAGGUGAGGAUGAGUGACUGCCUAGGAAGGUACCCCAUGCUUAGUCCAUGGCUCCCAUGCUGACUCCUCUCUAGUAGCCUGUGCCUUUUAUUUUUGGGGAAAAGGUCCCCACAGAGUGGGACUGUACCUCCAAAUGUGACUCCUUCUGCCUUGACCUCUAUUGAAUGAGGGUGCUCAGUCUAUGAGUAAUACAAUACUGCCCCCACAUGCAUGCGGGAACGGGGUCUCCGUGGACCUCACACUGUUCUUGAUCUAGAGCUCUGAGACCCGUCACAGCAAGCAAGGGACUAGUUUGCUGUCUUAAACGAGUCUUUUAGGACUCUGAAAGCACCAGAUACCUAGGUGGAUGUGGCUGUGUUUAUUGCCCAAGUCCUGGCUGCAGCUGCAGCUCAGGAGUCAUGGGCUCCUAGAAAAUACAGAGCUGCCUGGAUGCAGAAGUACCUGUGGUCCUUACUUACCCUGUAUCUUUCAGUUCCGGUUCCAGCGAAGGACAUUUUUAGGAGGCUUGGGGGCCUCCUAGUUUACAGUGCUGUGUCGCUGUAUCCCAUACAAGGGAGAAAUGAGUAGACCCAGGCUUGGUUCAAGUUCAUCAUUCACAGGCCCGCCCCUUGGUCAAUGUCACACCAACACUGUUAAAUCCUACAGUGGACGUCAAUGGAGGAUCAACUUUGUAACUACUCAGAAUUAAAUGACUGCCCUU